UGCCUUAUAUCACUGAUGGUCUUGGGUUUUGUCUCUUUUCUAGCUGGGCUGCCCUUCCUCAUCAUUGAAACAAGCACAAUCCAGCCCUAUCAGCGGGGCUUCUACUGCGACGAUGACAGCAUCAGGUACCCACUGAAAUCAAUGGAGACAAUCAACGACGCAGUGCUGUGUGCUGCAGGCAUCCUCAUUGCCAUCCUUGCCAUCAUCACAGGAGAGCUCUACCGCAUCCACUACCUAAAGGAGAAGUCACACUCAUUUAUCCAGAACCCUUACGUGGCAGCUCUCUACAAGCAAGUGGGCUGCUUUGUUUUUGGCUGUGCCAUCAGCCAGUCCUUCACAGACAUUGCCAAAGUGUCCGUUGGGCGCUUGCGGCCACAUUUCCUUGAGGUUUGCGACCUGGAUUUCUCCACCAUCAACUGCGCAAAUGGGGUUUACAUCCAGAACUACACCUGCAGGGGAAGUGACAGCAAGGUCCAGGAAGCCAGGAAAUCCUUUUUCUCUGGGCAUGCAUCCUUCUCCCUCUACACCAUGCUGUAUUUGGUGUUCUAUCUGCAGGCCAGGUUCACGUGGAAGGGUGCCCGCCUGCUCCGUCCCCUGCUGCAAUUCACACUUAUCAUGAUGGCAUUUUACACCGGCCUGUCCCGUGUGUCAGACCACAAGCAUCACCCCACCGACGUGCUGGCAGGCUUUGCACAGGGAGCCCUGGUGGCUUAUUGCGUGGUGUUUUAUGUCUCUGACCUCUUCAAGCCCAAGCCCAAGACCUGCCUGCCUCCACCCCCCAUCCGGAAGGAGAUCCUCUCACCUGUGGACAUCAUCGAACGCAAUAACCAUCACAACAUGGUGUAGGCCUUUGAGCAAUCGGAUUGGUGUUGUAUUUUAUUUUUUGUUUUUUGCAAAAAUGACUGCUGACAGCAACUACCUGCUGCUCUCAAAUCUCAUCAGACAGUAGAAUGUAGGGAGAGACUUUCUUGCCCGACCGGUAAAGUCUUACUCUGUGGUCUUUUUCAACUCGCGACAUUUGGAGGAAAGGAGUGGUGGUGAUCAAGUAAAAGCAACAGUGAGAAACAAACACCCAGCAAAAAGCCGAGCAAGCAAAGAGGUGCUGGAGUUCUGGAUGUGCAAUUGGUUUGAGUGUUCAUGUUGUAGUGAACGCCAAAUUGUUCAUAGCAUAAAGAACACUAAGGGAUUUUGGAAAGCUGGCCAUCUUGGGUUUUUUUUUUAAUUAUUAUUUUUGAUGAUGAAGAUUUCUACUGCAGGCAAGAAAAUAAACAACUCGCAAAUUAUAUAGCACUACAUACGAGCAACAGCACUGAGUCAAGAUCUGGGAUUGGUUUGUAAGAGUUGCUAUUUUUUCUUAUUUUGGAUGCUAGUAUGUUUCUGCCUCC